AAUUAUGCGCUCACACAACCGGACUAUGUCUUGGGCAAAAUGUGGAAAAAGCGAACCGACUACCAACCCGACGCCAAAAAUGUCAUCACCACGGCAUUGAAGGACAAAGUCGCAGUGAUCGCUCCUGAAAUGAUUCAUCUUGGAUUAAUGACGGGUGAUUUUUCCGAGUUUGGUGAGUGUCGCCUAGCGCUGUGUGAAGCAAAUCUUAUACCUCCUGUCUACAUGACUUAUGGUUACCCAAAAAACUCUCCUCUUCAAGUCAGAUUUGAUAUCAUGCUUCUGCGGGUGGUCCAGUCCGGCAUAGCGAAUCAUUUGAUAUCGAGCAACUUGUGGAACUCGACAUGGUGCAUGAAACCUUCGAAUAGCCUCAGCGAAUCACGGCCACUAGUCGUCACAGACUUUCUUGGACUUUUUAGCAUCUACGGAAUAGGUAUGGCAUUCUCCGUUCUGGUGUUCAUUAUCGAAGUAGCAACGGGACGUAAGGCAAAAAGCAAAAUAAAUACAUGAGAAGACUCAAUUUCUUGACAGUUUACAAACCAAGACCUGGACUCUCUGUACACCGCACCUGGCUCGCUUGCAUUAUUUACCGCUAAGAGACGCAAUGGGUUCUAUAAACUGUUAGAAUGUGUCAGUAGAAUGAAAAAUUUCUUUAAUGAUUACUCAGGAUAAAUAGAUACACCUCUGAAAUAAAGCAUAAACAAUAUCAACAGCCGUUGAAACAAUGGAAAUAUGUUAAACUCGUGUGUCAUUGUUUCCAAAAAACUUCACCCCACUUGGAUCUGAAAUUUUAUGAAAAUAAUUCAUUAAUAUCUCCGAUCCGAUUCUCCGAUUCGAUUAAUAAAACAAUCUGUACCCAUUAAAAAAAUUAACGUCAUGAUUUGGAAUCCACUGAGCUAGUGUACACAACACUGAUACUUUUCUUGCAUGAAGCUGU